AUGGCAGAUCGUGUCAAGAGCACACCGAGGAUGCUGCUGUCACGCUUCUCAAUGUCGAGGAGGCUCACAAGGGAGCGCCUCAUGUCCGUGGACGAUGCUGAUAGGCCCGAGGCCAACAAGCUGGAGUUCGAUGACGAAGACCUUGAGAAGAGGGCAGGAUGUCCGAAAAAGCUGGCAUUUUCGUUUCUCUUUCCAUUCUGCCAGUUGGCGGCGAGAGGGGAUGACUCAUUUAUCGAGCCACCGUGCCACUGGUCACAGCUGCCCAUGGCUGCGGAAGCUGCGAAGGCGCCGCAGAAGUUGAAGCGGCUGAGAAAGACUGAUGGAGAGGCUCAGCUCCACAUCGACACCCAGUCCACAUAUCGCUGGGACGAUGCUUGCAAAGAAGUUGCCAGGAAAGUUCUGCUUCUUGACAGAAGAGACCGGCAGCGUGUGGACAUCCCCGUCAAGGAUGUGACUGUCGUUUCCGCUUCCGAGGAAGAGAACGGGGAAGCCCUAGCAUCAACCGCCACGCCUGUCACAGAGGUGGGUGCAGGCCAGGAUCUUGAGGAUGUAGAGCUGGACGACGCCUACGAGCAGGAUGACUUCAGCGCAGCGGAAGAGCCUGGCAACCUCUCUGAGGAAUCCGAGUGGGCCGAGAGUGGUGAGUCCGACCAGGACUCCGACGAGUCCUGGCGCCCAGCCCAAAAGCGCAAAAAGCGGCGAACCGGGACUAGAGCCGGAACUUGCAGAAAGUCAUGGAUGCUGAGAUGUGGGAGGAGCUUCCAGUCUCUCGUUCAAGCAGCAGGAAGGCGAAGGGCUGGCCCUUCUCGGUUUCCGGGGGUACCGUGGGCUGAGUCCAUGUUUGCGCAGCUGCGCAGCUUGUUAGAAGCUCGUGCUGCUGAAGCGCAGCCCAUCAGGCAUCGCAGUCUUCGUUUGGGCACGGACUGCUCUGGUGCCGAGGCACCUUGGUUUGCUCUGCAGCUCAUCCUUAAACAGUUGGAGCAUCAACUGGGCUGGAAGUUGCGGCUGGAGCACCUGUUUGCCUGUGACAUCGAGCCCGUGUCACAGGUUUUCGUUGCACAGAACUCGCGUCCGCACGCCCUCUUCGAGAAUUUGCUCAAUCGGGGUGAGAUGGGGCACUGCCUGAUUGCAGAUGCACCGGUGGUGGUGCCCAACGAUCUGGACAUCUAUGUUGCCGGCUUUCCAUGCAAAGACUUUUCGCUACUCAACUCCAAUCGCCCAUGUUUGGAAGGUCCACAUGCCGAUACCUUCCAUGGUGUAGUCAACUACAUCCGUCAGCACGAGCCGGCAACUUACGUCCUGGAGAAUGUAGUCGGUCUACUGUCAAGGAAGGACGGAGAUGAUGCUCCAAUCUCUGACGUCAUGAACAUCUUGCGCGCUGUGCCCCAGUACGUGGUCCACUAUUGGCGUGUCAACUCACUGGACUACCACCUGCCUCAGAACCGGGCGCGUGUGUACAUUGUGGGCAUCCACACAGGACGGGUCACGUUGCAUCGGCCUUUGGCCAGGUGGGACCAGCUGGUCCACAAACUGGAGGAACAAGGCCAUGUUGAGGUGCAAGAUUUCAUGCUGCCGGACUCUGAGGAAGAAGUCUCCUCGGCAAGGGGGCAUCUUGAAGCAAAAGGUCCGCCGGAAGUAUGCACAGGCAGAUGGGCUGCUGCAAACGCGCAGCUUCGCCGGCAGCUGGGCUUUGAGAACACGGCAAAGCCACUGGUUCCCAAAGGCAGCGGCUGGUCGAGAUACAUCAGUGCUCGUCAGCAGGACGUCCUGGAGAUCCAAGCUGCCCGAAUUUUCCAUAGGAAAACCAGCACCUCCGCGAAGCGGCGCUGUCCAGAAGAGCUGCAGGACGCAGAAGAUCCCAUGAACUCCAAGUUCUGCGCAGAGAUUUCCAGAAGCGCUGCUUAUGGCUCCUGUAGAUGGCGAUCAACGCCUUGCCUCACUCCAGGAAGUCGGGUCUGGGUGUUCAAUCGACAGCGGUGGCUGCUGGGUCUAGAGAUGAUGGCCCUUCAAGGCUUCCCUGCGGAUGAGCUCAACCUCGAGGGCUUGGAAGAUCGGCACCUCGCUUUGCUGGCAGGCAAUGCCAUGUCAGUUCCCGUGGUCGGCCUCUUCCUGUACCUGAUCCUCGCCAACGUUUCCUUUCCGGAGCGCACCUUAUCAAGUCGCACUCCGUUCCUGACGUGA